GGUGGUUUACAGGGACAGCUUGUCUCUCUCUCUCGAGCCUCCUUGCUUGCUUCCCCUCUACUCCUAAACCUCGCCGAUCCUUUCCUUUCCCUCCUUUUGCCGUGCCACAUCGCCUUCACUUCUUGUUUAAUUCCUUCUGACGGUCGGGGCACCAAACCCGCGUCACUUCGACCUCCAUUGCAUACUUUCUUGGAGCAGUUGCGGCCAGGAGUUCGUCGUCAUCGGAGGAGGCUGCGAUGCCGCCGGCCAACGGUGCCGCCGCCGCCGCCGGACCGAGCUCCGGCAGCGGCAGGGACGGCCCGCCGGCGGCCACCGCAGCGGUGAAACGCAACAGGCCUCGCUAUCAUGCAUUUACUCAGCAACAACUCCCAGCGUGCAAGCCUAUAAUGGCACCCCAUAUGGUCAUUCCCAUUCUUGUAUUCGUGGGCUUACUCUUCAUUCCGAUUGGCCUUGCUUGCUACGCGGCUUCAAAUAAGAUCUUCGAAGUGGUCUACCGUUACGACACGAAAUGCGUGCCGAAGAACAUGCUUCACAACAAAGUGGGCUUCAUCCAGAACGCGUCGAUAAACAAGACAUGCACAAUAAACCUCAAGAUCCCCAAUGCUAUGAAGAGGCCAAUCUUCGUAUACUACCAGCUCGACAGGUUCUACCAGAACCACAGAAGGUACGCGACGAGCUUCAACAUCGCGCAGCUGAGCGACCCCAAGGAGGAGGCGAACGCCGACAUAAAGGACUGCAAGCCUGAAGCCUACGCCGGCAAAGGCAUCCCCGUGGUGCCCUGCGGCCUCGUGGCCUGGAGCCUCUUCAACGACACCUACAGCUUCGCCCGCCGCCCCCGUCGCGCGGGCGGCAUCGGCGGCGGCGAGGCGCUGAGGGUGAUCAAGAGCGGGAUCUCGUGGCGGAGCGAGCGGGAGCGGCUGUUCGGCAAGCACGUGUACCCCAAGAACUUCCAGAACGGCAGCCUCGUCGGCGGCGGGCGGCUCGACCCGAGAAAGCCCCUGAGCGAGCAGGAGGAGCUGAUGGUGUGGAUGCGGACGGCGGCGAUGCCGCGGUUCAGGAAGCUGUACGGGAGGGUGGAGGCGGACCUGGACGCCGGCGAGACGGUGGCGGUGGCGGUGCGGAACAGCUACAACACGUACAGCUUCGAGGGGGGCAAGGCGGUGGUGCUGUCCACCGCCGGGCCGCUGGGCGGGCGCAACGCGUUCCUCGGCCGCGCCUACCUCGUCACCGGCAUGGCCUGCCUCGUCCUCGCGCUGCUGCUCACGCUCGUCUGCCUCUUCUUCCCCAUGACAGAGGAGCAUCUCCGGCUGCGGUAGCCGUCGUCCAUCCAUGGAUCAUGUCGACGAGCGUGGACUCGGCCUCUCUGGUUUGUUAUAAACUGGCCUCCAUUGUUGUUAGACGUAGCAGACCACUGUAUGUGUAUGUAUAUGUACAGUACAGCACAAGAACCUGAAGGUAGAUUCAGAAUGUACAGAGCAGGAAUGUGUGGGAGAUGUGCAGUGUGUAGUACUGGUAUCACUUUUCCAAGGCAGCAACUAUGAAACCGACAGAUGUUCAAAAAAUGGGAUCUGCAAAGAAAAUAACGCCUCAAGAUAUCGGUUUUUGUCGGAUGGAUAUUUCGAGCGAAACAGGGUGAGCAAUAUAUUUGAGCUAGAUCAUUUAGUUUGCAUCAAGAUUCGUGCUAUCAUUGCAGUGAUAGAAAUUUCACUUUUUUUGUUUCUUCCAAACAAGAGAACAUGUUACCUUGAAACAUUGCAGGUCAACUAUACACAGGUGCUACUCGUUGUAUAAAAUGUUUCCAUUUUUAUAGGAGACAUAAAUUUGUCAAAUUUCAUUUUUCGAAUGAAUUGUACUCCCUAUGUUCGCUUU